AUGAAUGAUGCAGUAGAAAUAAUAUUUGUUGCAGAGAACGUGAAGAAGGUUUUGAUCCCUUUACCAGAAAUGCUGGAUCAUGCCAACUACACUUGGACCCAACAUUUCAUCCUUUCUGGUUUCACUACCACUGGGACAUUACAAGCUCUUGCCUUCAUGGGGACCCUAGGUUUCUAUCUCCUCACACUGGCAGGAAACCUGUUCAUCAUUGUGCUGGUUCAAGCCGAUUCUGGACUGUCCACACCCAUGUACUUCUUCAUCAGUGUCCUUUCCUUCUUGGAGCUCUGGUAUGUCAGCACCACGGUGAUCACAUUAUUGCAUACUUUGCUCCAUGGACUUUCCAUCAUACCAUCUGCUGUCUGCUUCAUCCAGUUGUAUGUCUUCCACUCCUUGGGCAUGACUGAGUGCUACCUGCUGGGUGUCAUGGCACUGGACCGCUACCUGGCCAUCUGCCGCCCACUCCACUACCAUGCGCUCAUGAGCAGAAAGGUACAGGUAAGGCUAGCAGGGGCCAGUUGGGUGGCUGGUUUCUCAGCAGCAGUUGUGCCAGCCAGCCUCACAGCCACUCUUCCCUUCUGUUUCAAGGAGGUGGCUCACUACUUUUGUGAUUUGGCACCACUGAUGCAACUGGCAUGUAUUGACACAAGUUGGCAUGCUCGGGUCCAUAUUGUAGUGAUUGGACUGAUCAAUGCAUGCAAUCUUGUGGUCAUCUUGAGUCUCUAUGGGGGCAUCCUGAGGGCUGUGGUGAAGCUUCCCUCAGCUUCCAGCCGUGCCAAGGCUUUCUCCACCUGCUCCUCUCAUAUAACUGUAGUGACACUCUUCUUUGGCUCAGCUUUCAUUGUUUAUGUGGGGCCACCUGGGAUCCGAGCUGAAGGCAUGGACAAGCAUCUUACCUUGGUGUACUCUCUGUUUACCCCCUUCCUCAACCCUAUUAUCUACACCCUUCGUAACAAGGAGGUGAAAGAGGCUGUGAGGAGAGUCACCCAGAGGAUUAGGGCUGUGUUAAAGGGAUGCUAA